AUGAUUCAUUCACCACAUCGCCGCGACGUGACGACUGACGAACACACGCGCGCGCAGGCGCUGGCGGAGCGAUUCACCGAUUGCGUCGCCCGCGUCGUCGGCCCGCGCGCGCUCGCGACGCGCGCGUCGACGGUUCGAGCGAUCGGGCGGGCGUUCUAUCCAGGAUUGACGAUUCUGAGCGGGACGCGGACGCUCGGCGAGGAGUACUGCGACGUGACGUGCGUCGACGCGGAGGGACGGACGCCGUCGACGACGUCGCGCGUGACGCGGUUUUUGGUGCACGCGUUCGGUGAUGAAGUCAUUCGAGGCGCGCGACGAUGGGUGGAACGAAAUGUCGAACGCGGGGUGGGGUUGCGGGAGAGCGGGGCGCGCGCGGCGGCGCGCGCGGCGGACGGCGGCGCGCGCGUCGCGCUCGCGCUCGCGGGCGAACGCGUGCAGCGCGUGGGUGAAGAAGAUGAGAUCUCACACGGGGAGCGGGCGAUCGAUGCGCGCGGUGGGUUCGCGAACGCGGCGCACUUGGCGUUGUUUUACCUCUACGGCGAGUAUUACGAGUGGAGCUGUCGAGCGAGCGGGACGCGUAGGGUGUUUACGGGCGCGUACGCGGGCGAAGAGCGACCGAGUUACGCUGUGUUGGGGAUGUUCGUCGCGUUUCAACUCGCCGUGGUGUCGUUCGAGCGCGUAAGAAGCGUCGUGCGAGGGGCGAACGUGGGCGGCGACGCGUCCGCGGAGCGCCGCGCGAGGGAGAACAGAGUACUCGAAUCCGACGGAACGCCCGCGCGGGAGGUGGUCGUCGACGCCGCGCCGGAUCCUCCGAGAGAUGUCUUCGGGAACGUCAUCGACGUUCCGGGCACGUCAGCGAAACCAUCGUCAGCGUCUAUCUCGCCGCUCGUCGCCGCUAAGUGCGCUUUGUGUCUCUCCCAAAGACGCGCGCCGACGGCGACGCCGUGCGGGCACGUCUUCUGUUGGCGAUGCGUCGCCGGAUGGGCGAGUAAAAAACCCGAGUGUCCGCUCUGUCGCGCCCCGACGACGCCACAGAGUUUGGUCCCGCUCAGUAACCUCGCGUCGGCGUGA